CCUGAUGUGGGUGAACUGGCUGACAGUUUUCCUUUAACACUUCCAUUAGAACCCUUUUCUGACCAGUCCACAUCUCUGGAGAAACUAACUUUUGGAAUCUAGUGAUAGAUUGGGUGCCAUAUUUUGUAUGCAUAUAACAGCAUUUUCUGACAUAAGAUGCUUUACAUACCUCUCAGUAUUACUCACGAGUGACUAAAAUCUAAUACUUCUGUAUUGUUGAUUCUUGCAGUAUUCACUGUGGCUAUGGUGGAGAAAGUCCAACGCCCUCUGGCGACCAGUCUUGUGCACAGCAGAGAAGAAUCUCCAGGGGGCUCUGAGAAAAGUUCACAUAUUUCCUUGGGAAAAGGAACAUUAGAAGAACCAAAGGCAGGAGGAAGUAAUAUGGGAGGUCGUCCAGCUGCUGCCAAUGCUGCCCGAGAGAGAAAUCGGGUGCAGACUCUGCGACAUGCUUUCUUAGAACUACAGAGGACAUUGCCUUCUGUGCCUCCAGACACAAAACUCUCAAAGUUGGAUGUUCUCAUACUCGCCACCACCUACAUUGCACAUCUUACCCGUAGUCUCCAGGAAGAAGAUGAAAACAGCCACAGCCAUCAGUCCGCAGCCCCCAGUAACUCAGGCAGCAUCAGUCCAGACCUUCUAGGAACCCUGCACAAUGGGGAUGGAUACUUACAUCCUGUUAAGAAAUGGCCCAUGAGAUCAAGACUUUAUAUUGGAGCCACUGGGCAGUUCCUUCAUCAGUCCUCAGGACCAGAAGGCCUGGACCAAGAGGAGAACGUCCAAAGAUCAGAAUGCUGAGGAUGGGACUUUUCACUGCGCUGAAAUAUUUGCUUUUAUUCCCUUGGAAAUCUCUGCAUGGAUCACAUUCUGCCUGAUGCUUUAUAAACUGGAGAACAUACUGUACAUGGUGCCACGUAACCCAACCAUAGAAGAUCAGCAAAUGUAUGAAUGACAAUAAGAAAGAAAAAAUGAAUUAAUGAAAUAAAGCAAAAAUCUUCCGACACAUCUAUGGUAAGAUUAAGGUAAGGCAGGGUUUCCACUUGCCAGAUUUUUGGUAAUCUGCCACUGUAGUUUUUGAGCCAAAGCCAGAAGUGGAUCCAACAGAAAGGAGAAGUAUAAAUCAAUCCUUUAUAUUUCCCUUUUAUUUUUAAUUCCCUUUUUAGCUUUGGCUCAAAACCUGCAGUGGUAGUUAUCCAAAACACUGUCAAGGGGUUACGCAGCCUUAGUCUAUUAAUAGUUAAAUCUCAUUAUAAAAUAUAUUUAAGAGGCCACUGUAAAACUGAAUACACUGCUACAAUUCACAUGUGGUUUUUCUUUGCCAAGGAAGGGAUGGACAGUAAGGGAAUGUUCACACUGAACCGGCAGAUUUAUUGCAGAAAUCUCAUUGAAAAAUGAA